CCGAGCCGAGCGCUUCCAUCAAGAGUUAACUUCUUAAUCCCGGUUCUGUCGCGUUAUCGCUCACCGGGGGAAGGAGGUGUGUGAGUGCAAAGAGGACAGAAGAAAAAAGUCAGUCAUGGUACGAGGUUAGGGUGCAAACCGGAGUGUGCUCUUUGCAUAAGAAGUCGCUUGAUUUUUGAACUGUGCAGAAAAGAAGAAGAAGAAGAAGAGAAGAAGAGGGAGAACAGGGGAAGGGAAGCCCGGAGAAGAGAGCGAGAAAAGCGGGGUACAAGAUGCAGCUGCCCGCGGUGCUGUGGGGAGCCCUCCUAAGUUUGCUGCUCAGCCAGAGUCCAGGAGUUCAGGGCAGUGCCGACUGCUCAUGCGGGAGGAACCACUUCACGUGCGCGGUCUCUGCGUUCGGGGAGUGUACCUGCAUCCCGGCCCAGUGGCAGUGCGACGGAGACAACGACUGCGGGGACCACAGCGACGAGGACGGAUGCAUGCUCCCGACGUGCUCGCCGCUGGACUUCCACUGCGACAACGGCAAGUGUAUCCGCCGCUCCUGGGUGUGCGACGGAGACAACGACUGCGAGGACGACUCCGACGAGCAGGACUGUCCUCCCAGAGAGUGUGAGGAGGACGAGUUCCACUGCCAGAACGGCUACUGCAUCCGCAGCCUGUGGCACUGCGAUGGAGACAAUGACUGUGGGGACAACAGCGACGAGCAGUGCGAUAUGCGUAAAUGUUCGGACAAGGAGUUCCGCUGCACGGAUGGGAGCUGCAUCGCUGAGCACUGGUACUGCGAUGGAGACACGGACUGUAAAGACGGAUCAGACGAAGAAAACUGCCCCUCAGAUGUGAUGACGGCCACCUGCAGCGUUGAGGAGUUCCAGUGCGGCUACGGCCGCUGCAUCCUGGACAUCUACCACUGCGACGGAGACGACGACUGCGGGGACUGGUCGGACGAGUCGGACUGCUCUUCUCAUCAGCCCUGCAGAUCGGUUGAGUUCAUGUGCAGCAGCGGGAUGUGCAUCAACGCCGGGUGGAGGUGUGACGGCGAGUUCGACUGCGACGACCAAUCGGAUGAGAAGAACUGCACCACGUCCAUGUGCACGGCUGACCAGUUCCGCUGUGGCACGGGACGCUGCGUCCGGUUGUCAUGGAGAUGCGACGGCGAGGACGACUGCUCCGACCGCAGCGACGAAGAGGGCUGUGAGAAAACCGAGAGCCCGCCGUGUGCUCCCGACCAGUUCCAGUGUGGGAACGGGCGCUGCAUCGGCCAGAGGAAGGUCUGCAACGAGGUUAAUGACUGCGGCGAUGGGACUGACGAACACCCGCAUCAUGACUGCCGGCCGCGCUCCAGCGAGGGCAACUGUAACCAGAAUAACGGAGGCUGCUCCCAGAAGUGUCAGAUGGCGCGAGGACUGGUCCAGUGCACCUGUCACACCGGAUACCGGCUGAUGGACGACGGCAAGACCUGCCAGGAUGUGGACGAGUGUGCCGACGAAGGCUACUGCAGCCAGGGCUGUACCAACACGGAGGGGGGCUUCCAGUGCUGGUGCGUCCAGGGCUACGAGCUCCGGCCGGACAAGCGCAGCUGCAAAGCUCUCGGUCCAGAGCCAGUGCUGCUCUUCGCCAACCGCAUCGACAUCCGCCAGGUCUUACCGCAUCGCUCCGAAUACACGCUGCUGCUCAACAACCUGGAGAACGCCAUCGCCCUGGACUUCCACCACAGCCUGGAGCUGGUCUUCUGGUCCGACGUGACGCUGGACCGCAUCAUGAAGGCCAACCUGAACGGCUCCAACGUGGAGGAGGUGGUGUCCACCGGCCUGGAGAGCCCCGGUGGACUGGCCAUAGACUGGAUCCAUGACAAGCUGUACUGGACGGAUUCGGGGACGUCCCGGAUCGAGGUGGCCAACCUGGACGGGACGCACCGCAAGGUGCUGCUGUGGCAGAACAUGGAGAAGCCCAGAGCCAUCGCGCUGCACCCCAUCGAGGGGAAGAUCUACUGGACCGACUGGGGCAACACGCCUCGCAUCGAGUACGCCAACAUGGACGGCUCCAACAGGCGCGUCAUCGCCGACACGCACCUCUUCUGGCCCAACGGCCUCACCAUCGACUACGCCGGCCGCCGCAUGUACUGGGUGGACGCCAAGCACCACGUGAUCGAGAGAGCCGACCUGGACGGGCGCAACCGCAAGGCCGUCAUCAGCCAAGGUCUCCCCCAUCCGUUUGCCAUCACCGUGUUUGAGGACAGCCUCUACUGGACCGACUGGCACACCAAGAGCAUCAACAGCGCCAACAAGUUCACCGGCAAGAACCAGGAGAUCAUCCGCAACAAGCUGCACUUCCCCAUGGACAUCCACACCCUUCACCCCCAGAGACAGCCUGCAGGCGGCAGGAACCGCUGUGGCAGCAACAACGGAGGCUGCAGCCACUUGUGCCUCCCCAGCAACAAGACGUACACCUGCGCCUGUCCCACCGGCUUCAAGAAGGUCGACCACCACAACUGUGCCAACGGUCUUGACAAGUUCCUGCUUUUUGCCCGAAGGACGGACAUCCGACGAAUCAGCUUCGAUACCGAGGACAUGUCCGACGACGUCAUCCCUCUGGCCGACGUGCGCAACGCCGUGGCGCUGGACUGGCACGACAAAGACGGCUACAUCUACUGGACGGACGUCACCACCGACUCCAUCAACAGAGCGCUGUGGAACGGCAGCAAACAGGAGGUGGUGGUGGACACCAGUCUGGAGAGCCCAGCAGGCUUGGCCAUUGACUGGGUGACAAACAAACUCUACUGGACUGAUGCAGGUACGGAUCGCAUUGAGGUUUCCAAUGCGGACGGCAGCAUGAGGACGGUCCUCAUCUGGGAGAACCUGGAUCGGCCCAGAGACAUCGUUGUGGAUCCAAUCGGAGGCUUGAUGUACUGGACCGACUGGGGAGCCAACCCCAAGAUCGAGCGUGCAGGAAUGGACGCCUCCAGCCGCAUUGUGAUCAUCUCGUCCAACCUCACCUGGCCCAACGGGCUCGCCAUCGAUUACGAAACCAGCCGUCUGUACUGGGCCGAUGCAGGAAUGAAGACAAUUGAGUUUGGCAACUUUGAUGGAUCUGAUCGACAGGUGUUGAUCGGGACUCAGCUGCCACACCCCUUCGGUCUGACGGUGCACAAAGACAAGCUGUACUGGACCGACUGGCAGUCCAAGAGCAUCCAGAGUGCAGACAAGCGCACCGGCCUGGGCCGACACACUCUGGCUGAGAACCUGGAGAACCUCAUGGACAUUCAUAUGUUCCACAGACACCGCCAGACAGUGCAUAACCCCUGCUCGGUGAAUAAUGGGGGCUGCAGCCACCUCUGUCUCCUGGCGCCCGCUCCCAAAGCCUCCAGCUGUGCCUGUCCCACGGGGAUCAACCUGCUGGCGGACGGAAAGACCUGCACACCUGGAAUGAGCAGCUUCCUGAUCUUUGCGCGGAGGACGGACAUCCGCAUGGUUUCUCUGGACAUCCCGUACUUCGCUGACGUGGUUUUAGCCGUCAACAGCUCCAUGAAGAACACCAUCGCCAUCGGAGUCGAUCCCAAAGGAGGAAAAGUCUACUGGUCUGACAGCACGCUGAAGAAGAUCAGCCGAUCCAACAUUAACGGGACGGCGCACGAAGAGAUCAUAUCCACCGGCUUGAUGACCACCGACGGCUUGGCGGUGGACGCCGUCGGCAGGAAGAUCUACUGGACCGACACGGGAACGAACCGCAUCGAGGUGGCCAACCUGGACGGCUCCAUGAGGAAAGUCCUGGUCUGGCAGAACCUGGACAGCCCUCGAGCCAUCGCCCUGUACCACGAGAUGGGCUACAUGUACUGGACGGACUGGGGGGAACAUGCCAAGCUGGAGCGCUCGGCGAUGGACGGGUCCGACCGGGUGGUCCUCAUCAGUAACAACCUGGGCUGGCCCAACGGCCUCGCCAUCGACAUGGCCGGAUCACAGUUACUGUGGGCGGACGCUCACACCGAGCGUAUCGAGGCGGCCGACCUGAACGGACAGAAUCGUCACACCCUGGUGACUCCGGUCCAGCACCCCUACGGUUUGACCCUGCUGGGCUCCCAUAUCUACUGGACCGACUGGCAGAGCCGCAGCAUCCAGCGGGCGGACAAGAACACCGGAGCCAACACCAUCACAGUGCGAUCCAACCUGCCCGGCCUGAUGGACAUCCAGGCCGUGGACCGCGAGCGGCCGCUGGGUUUCAAUAAGUGUGGGAGGAGGAACGGCGGCUGCACCCACCUCUGCCUGCCGCGGCCCAACGGCACCUCCUGCGCCUGCCCCACCGGCAUCCUGCUCAAAGGGGACGGCCGGUCCUGCGACGACUCCCCGGAGACCUACCUGCUCUUCUCCAACCGGAUCAGCGUGCGCAGGAUCUCGCUGGACACCAACGACCACACCGACGUGCACGUGCCCGUGCCUGAGCUGCACAACGUCAUCUCUCUGGACUACGACAGCGUGGACGGGAAGCUCUACUACACCGACGUGACCCUGGACGUCAUCAGGCGCGCCGACCUGGACGGCAGCAACAUGGAGACGGUGAUCACAGGUCUGAAGACCACCGACGGCUUAGCGGUGGACUGGGUGGCCAGGAACAUGUACUGGACCGACACCGGCCGCAACACCAUCGAGGUGGCCCGUCUGGACGGAACCAGCCGGAAGGUCCUGGUCAACAACAGCCUGGACGAGCCGCGAGCCAUCGCAGUGUUUCAAGCAAAGGGCUUCCUCUUCUGGACGGACUGGGGUCACAUCGCUAAGAUCGAGCGGUCUCACCUGGACGGCUCGGACCGAAAGGUCCUGAUCAACACCGACCUGGGCUGGCCCAACGGCCUCACGCUGGACUACGACACCCGGAGGAUCUUCUGGGUGGACGCCCACCUGGACCGCAUCGAGAGCUCGGACCUGAACGGGAAGCUGCGCCAGAUCCUCGUCAGCCCGGUCUCUCACCCGUUUGCCCUGACACAGCAAGACCGCUGGAUCUACUGGACGGACUGGCAGACUAAGUCCAUCCAGCGGGUGGACAAACACACCGGCCGCAGCAAGGAAACUGUGCUGGCCAAUGUGGAGGGCCUCAUGGACAUUAUAGUGGUAUCCCCUCACAGACAGACAGGUACCAACCUCUGUGGGAUCAAUAACGGCGGGUGCACUCACCUGUGCUUUGCGAAGACCAACAGUUUUGUGUGCGCCUGUCCGGAUGAACCAGACGGGCGACCCUGCUCCACAAUUUCAGGCUACGUCCCCACCUCGCCGGCCAGAGGAACCGUCAGCACGCCCGUCCCAAACAAGACCCCCAAAUCAGCAACGGACGCUCCACACAGAGGACCCUCCAUGGUCAAUUGCACCGACAAGAACCUGAAUGUGGAAGGCUGCUUGAACACAGUGGUGACGGCUCCUCACGGAGAGGGACUUCACAUCAGCUAUGUGAUCGGUGGAGUUCUGACUGUUUUGGCAAUUCUGAUCCUCAUUGCUGCCUUUAUUAUCUACAGGCAUAAGAAGUCAAAGUUCGCUGAUCCAGGCGUGAGCAAUCUGACCUACAGUAACCCCUCCUACCGGACCUCCACGCAGGAGGUCAAGAUCGAGGCGUCGCAGAAGCCUCCGAUAUACAACCAGCUGCGGUAUAAAAAGAGUGUCCAGGGGGUGGUGGACGGAGGCUACACCAAGGAGAAGAUCCGUAUCGUGGAGGGCGUUUGUCUCCUGUCCAACGACGAGCUUUACUGGGACGACCUCAAACAGAUCAAGCCGUCCCGAGGCGGCCUGCACACCUGCAUGCGCACCGACACCGUGUCCCUGCAGGCCAGCAGCGCCUCGCUAGACGACGGCGAGACGGAGCAGCUCCUCCAGGAGGAGGCGUCGGAGUGCUCCUCCAUAACCACCCUGACCCCGUCGGCCAUCACCCCGCAGCGCCACGCCCAGCACAGCCUGCCCGACACCGGCUGGGCCUCCAUACGCAAGCCCUCCACCGAGAGCGAAGUGUGAGGGAGCCCCCACCCCUCUGAGCGCCAUCUCAACCAUCUCUCACACACACA